UGAUCAUAAACAAUUGCAUUUCAUUAAUUAUAUUUGAACAAUAUUUUAACCAAAAUUGUUGAAUUGUUGAAAGCUGGAAUAAAAUAAAAAUGGCGUCUACUUCAAGUGACAACAAAGACGUCAUCGAAUGCAAGAUCUGUAAAAAUCAAUAUUCUACACAACAACUAUUCGAUGAUCAUCUGAAAAAUAAUCCUGCUUGCAGCAAAUUAACCUGUGAUGUUUGUCUAAAACAAUGCAUUCAUAUUAAGAGUUUGAACACUCACAAAAGGACUCAUUUAAAAGAAAAGCCGUUUAAAUGCGAUGAAUGUGAAUAUUCUACAAUAAGGAAGUCAAACCUAAACAGACACCAAUUAACACAUUCAAAAAAACAAUUGUAUAAUUGCAAGUAUUGCGGUUUACCUAUUUCAAGAAAAGAUCAUUUAAACACACAUCUUUUUGUGAAACAUUACGAAGAGUUGUCUUCACCUGACGAAGUAUCUUCCACCGAGAUAAAAGAAUUUGGAAAAGUAUAAAUGUCAGUCUUGCACAAAAAGAUGUCAAUCAGAAUACGAUUUAAAAAUUCACAUGAGAAAACACACAGGAGAACGUCCAUUUAAGUGUGAGGUUUGCUCGAGAGGAUUUACAAAUAAAUCAAAUAUAAAAGCUCACAAGCUGAGAAAACAUUCAGCAGAAAAAUAUAUA